AUAUAGGGGACGCCUCCGCGUGGCUGUACAACGACACCGUUGACAGGGAAGGCGAACAUGGCGCACGCUGUAAGCGGACCACUUCUUCUCGCCCUCGCUCCUCCUCGCAGAGCGCAUCGGGCGCGGGCUCAUCCCGCUGGAAGCGAAGACUGGUAUGUACGCCCCCUCCCGCGCUCCCCUCAGUCACGCACCGGAUGGACAGUGGUCGAGUUGGGCGCGGGGUGUGCAUUGCUAUCGCUCCUCACGUCCACCCUCGCCCGCCCGCCUUCCCUCGUCGUGCUCACGGACUAUCCCGACGCGCCGAUCCUCGCCAACCUCACGCAGAACCUCCAGCAGAACGUGUCCCGCGUCUCACAGGGGUGCACCGUGCACAGCCGCGGGCAUGAAUGGGGCUAGGACCCCUGGCCACUCCUGUACGUCGACCCCACAUCUGAGUCGGUGCCCCGGCGCGACUGACAGUGACAGGAAACCUCAAAAUUUCUUUCGUGGACGCGCCGACGGACUGGCAGAUCCAAUGCUCACACUCGCCUCCCUUGUAUGUUACCUACGCGCCACCGACUCAACCAAAUACCAUACGCAAGCCCCUUUCUUUCAAACCUCGGGCGGGUGCGGUCAGCCGGGCUUACCCACCUUGUGAGUGGACGCAUAAUUUGCAAGGCAACUCGGACAUGCACCUCACAGCAAACGCGGAUGUGUACGUGCUCUCUCUGUGCUAGUGACGGACUCGGCGGUGGAGGUGGGUGAGUGAUCAUGUAGGCUACUCUUAGAUAGGCGGUCAAGAGAUGCGCGCGAUGUACAGUACCUUACCCAAAUCGCAAUUGAUAUGUCUACUAUUCGAACUU